AUGAAUCAACUAUAUCAGAUGCAGUGUGUAGUAGCAACCUUCCCGUACUUCUAUCGUUACAGUCACAGAGUCGAGGCUGAGGCCAUCGACUUCAUCAUCUUGUUCGCGAUAAAACUGGCUGUGUCGUUUGGUGUUGUUCAUUCCUUUGAUCUGCUCGCCGUGGAAAAGUACGAUUUCGAGAAUUUAGGAACAGAUAUCAUGAACGACUACAAGAUGGCCCUCGAGAUGAUGUCGGAAAUACUGGUGCUGGAACUUAUUCAUCGCAUCGGGACGUGUGUCUUCGAGGCACUGUGUUUACAUCGCGGUACUGGGGGCCCUGGAGGAGCAACCCCAGGGAAGAGGGCAGUGGGGCUACGGGUGGUGCGCUGUGAGUGGGUGGCCCCGACGGGAGGUGACCACGCCCUUAUUUUCCCCGCUACCGACUUGGGGUUCGGCCGAGCGAUCAUCCGGGCCGUGGUCAAGAACUUCUCCCUCACGUUCCUCUUCCCUAUCUGCUUCACUGUGUUUUCCUUCCAACACAACCGCACCGUUUAUGACAUUGUCGCCGGCUCAGUCGUGGUGGAGGAGUGUACGGCGACCAGACGUAGAAACAAUAAUAACAACAACUGAAUGGGAGAUGUGGGUUAAUAUGUGUUUGUUUGUCAUUGGUGUAAUUAUUAUGGGUGUUUUUGUUACCAUGAACCUAACCUAACCUAUCCUACCCUACCCUACCCUACCCUACCCUACCCUAACCUAACCUACCCUCUCCUACCCUACCCUACCCUACCCUAACCUACCCUAUCCUACCCUACACUAACCUACCCUACCCUAACAGAAUUACAAACAUAAAAUUAGAUUAGGUUCGUUUGGGUUAGGUUAGGUUCAUGUUGUGUAUCAUUAAAUAACUUUCGUCAUCGGUAAAAGUCAGCCAUAGGAGAGGCGGCCAUCGUCAGCGGAGAAUAUCUUGAGUAAAUUUUUAUACCUGUCCGUGAUAGUCUGUUUCAAUAUGUGAUUUUAAUACUUUUAAUUCAUUUUAUAUCAAUUUUUUGUAAUCGUAUUGGAGUCUAGGAAUAUUUGAGUUGUUUUAAGUGCUAUUUUUCGUUAAUUGGAUAAAGCCGUGUGGAAGACCUGCCAUGUUGGGUUAGGUUGGUACUGGGUAAUGCUGUUCCCAUAUCCAACCUGUUGUGGAAAUCGAACUUGGGACACUGUAAUGAGAGGCACACACACACACACACACACACACACACACACACACACACACACACACACACACACACACACACACACACACACUAGGAAGAUUGUAUAAAUAUGUAUAGCUUCUCCAAUCUUCUAUCCAAUACAUCAAGUGCAGAAAAUGCUA